GUAAAAAAAAAAAAACCUUAAAUAAUUUAAGCAGUAGAAAUGUGAUCGUGAACAUAUGCGCACCACAGUAUACCAUAGGUUAGUAGCCUAAGGUACACAUUAAAGGAUGCGCUCCUUUUUUACGCAUCUCUUGAGUCAUAAUUAUUUUCAAUCAAGCAGGAUAUCCCACAGCCUAACUUCUGAGCCUAUUUGGUAGCUUACGUUAGAAUAUAGGCUAGGCUACAAUGCGUGUGGUUUCUUUGCUCUUCCCAGCGCUGCAGAGGUUGAAUUCUGUCAGGAAAACCACGCUGUUCAGUGGGCAGAAUGAUGGAGGGUUUCAACAUGUGUUAGGACUAAUAACACUAAUUCACGUUGACAUGGUUUGUCUCCAGGACUGGUUUACUUGAGGUAAUCUAUAUAUUGAUAAAUGGUUGAUGCACCUUUCGUCGUCUUACGACUUAUUUUUUAGAUAGGUCGUAGGUCUACUUCGACUACCGUUUUAUAUGCUGUUAGUUCGACUGACCCAGCUUCGACUGCUUAUCCAGCCCAUGUUUUCGACGUAAUCUCUCCUAUAGCCUACUGUCAAUGAACAAGCCUUAGUUCCUCUCUUCCGCUCCCGUCGUCAGGAGCCGCUCGGCUUUGCUCUACGUAUUUCCAUUGCUCCGCCCACCCGCCCCUUCGGGAUUUUUUCAUUGCAUCCAUUUUUGUGCAUUUAAGAAAUCUCCAAGAAUUAACAACCUGGAGCAGACCGAGAAAGAGGAGGAGGAGGAGGAAGGACGCGAAAGAAAACAAACAGAAAAGGACUCCUCAUUUUCAAGAUGCGAAUAACCUCUUCCUAGAAGAUGACCGCGAUGGGUUAGAAGGGAUUUAACAUGAUUGCGAAAUAAAAAGCAAUUGUAUCUGAAGAUGUCGGCUCCGCUCGGGCCCCGGGGCGGCCCGGCCGCUCCUCCUGCGGCUGCUCACCUACCAGAGGUGCCGGACCUCAGUCAUCUAACAGAGGAGGAGAGAAAGAUCAUCCUCGGCGUCAUGGACCGACAGAAGAAAGAAGAUGAAAAGGAACAGUCCAUGUUAAAGGUCAAGGAAGAACAAAAGCCUCAGCCGCCACAGUGGUUUCCGUUUAGCGGUAUCACUGAUCUGGUAAAUAGCGUUCUUCAACCCCAGCAAAGCUCCCAAAAUGAGAAGCAGCCCGAGACGAGGUUGCACCAGCAGUUUGAGAUGUACAAGGAGCAGGUGAAGAAGAUGGGGGACGAGUCGCAGCUGACGCUGGAGCAGAAGGGGGAGGCGCCCACUUGCGGAAUCUGCCACAAGACCAAGUUCGCCGACGGCUGCGGUCACGUCUGUUCAUAUUGCCAAACAAAAUUCUGUGCACGGUGCGGAGGUCGAGUGCCUCUGCGGUCAAAUAAGGAGGAAAAAGUGGUAAUGUGGGUAUGCAACUUGUGCCGAAAACAACAAGAAAUCCUCACAAAUUCGGGAGCCUGGUUCUACAGCGACGGCCCGCGGCAGCCGGGCGACUGUGAGGCCCACCACGCCCGCCGCAACGAGGAGGCGCCUCGGGAGAAGAAGGCCAAACUGCAGGACCCGUACUACUACCCAGCAAGCUCAGGGGACGGGAACACGCCGCACGGGCCCCUCAGAAACGGCUCGGGCCGGAGGUACUCGGGCGACGCGCCCAUCGACAGGAAAAGAAGCCCAUCAGCAUCCAGGGAUCCAAACCAAACGUACGACCAAAGGGAGGACAGGGGUGAGCGCUCGCAGUAUGCGCCGGCGGACGGCGGGAUGCCCAGAUCACCGUCCGACUACGGGGAUCGGGACCCUCGCCGGGCGGGGCGGGGCCCGCGGAUGUACGAGGACGCCAACGCGGCGCACGGCGAGUACCAGGACCGGCGGGGGCACUGGGGGCGCUCGCAGGACUACCCGCCGGACGAGGACCUAGACGGGCAGCCCAGCGAGUACGAGCUCCAGCGCCGGCGGGAGGAGGAGUACCAGGCCCGUUACCGCAGCGACCCCAACCUGGCCCGCUACCCGGUCAAGCCGCAGCCCUACGAGGAGCAGAUGCGCAUGCACGCCGAGGUGUCGCGGGCGCGGCACGAGCGUCGCCACAGCGACGUCUCGCUGGCCUACACCGAGCUGGACGACCCGCGCGGGCGCCCGUCCCGCGCCCACCCCGCCUCCGACCGCCGCUUCCCGCCCGAGGGCCAGCGCUCCUACUCCGUGGAGAGGACUUCCCCCGGCUCGGUCCGCCGGGCCGACCGCAGCCCGCCCACGCCGCACCGGAGCCCCGUGCUGGACCUGCGGCGGGGGCCCGGCGGGAUGGGGGACCCCGCCCGCCGGCCCCCGCCGCCGCCCCAGCAGCAGCAGCACCACCUGGACCCCGGCUCGGCCGUGCGCCGGAGCAAGCGGGAGAAGAUGGACGCCAUGCUGCGCAACGACUCGCUCAGCUCCGACCAGUCCGAGUCGGUCCGCCCGCCGCCGCCCAAGCCCCACAAGACCAAGCGGCUGGGCAAGAUGCGGCAGGUGUCCCUCAGCAGCUCGGAGGAGGAGCUGGCCACCACGCCCGAGUACACCAGCUGCGAGGACGUGGAGAUCGAGAGCGAGUCCGUCAGCGAGAAAGGGGACAGUCAAAGGGGAAAAAGAAAAGCAAUUGAGCAGGCGUUUUUGUCGGACGCGACUUACGCCUUUUCUGAGAGGCUAACGAAAACGGUGCGCUUUGGGGGCGAUUCGUUCGAAGAGGACUUGGAAUGGUGCGAGCCCCAAGUUAAAGACUCUGGCGUUGAUACGUGCAGUAGCACUACCCUAAACGAGGAGCUUAGCCAUAGCGAGAAGCACCCCGUGACGUGGCAACCGUCCAAAGACGGGGAUCGCCUAAUAGGGCGGGUUCUGCUAAACAAGCGGAUGAAGGACGGAACCGUGCCCCGUGACUCCGGAGCUCUGCUGGGACUGAAGGUGGUUGGAGGGAAAAUGACAGAAUCUGGUAGACUUUGUGCUUUCAUCACGAAAGUGAAGAAAGGGAGUCUAGCAGAUACUGUUGGACACCUCCGACCAGGCGAUCAGGUCCUGGAGUGGAACGGGAGGCUUUUGCAAGGAGCCACAUUCAAAGAAGUUUACAAUAUCAUUCUGGAGUCCAAGCCCGAGCCCCAAGUGGAGCUGGUGGUCUCGCGUCCCAUUGGAGACAUUCCCAGGAUACCCGACAGCACACAUGCACAACUGGAGUCAAGUUCAAGCUCCUUUGAGUCCCAGAAGAUGGAGCGCCCCUCUAUCUCUGUCACGUCCCCCAUGAGUCCAGGCCUGCUACGGGAUGCCCCCCAGUACCUGUCCGGACAACUCUCAAGCCAAAGCCUAAGUAGAAGAACUGCGCCUUUUGUCCCUAGGGUUCAGGUAAAACUCUGGUACGACAAAGUGGGUCACCAGCUAAUCGUCACGAUACUGGGAGCAAAAGACCUGCCUUCGCGGGAAGAUGGGCGGCCGCGGAACCCCUACGUAAAAAUCUACUUCCUCCCCGACAGAAGUUUGAAUUAUUGUUCCUCCAGUGACAAAAGCAAAAGAAGAACAAAAACGGUAAAGAAAUCGUUAGAGCCCAAAUGGAACCAGACCUUUAUGUACUCGCCUGUGCACCGGCGGGAGUUCCGCGAGCGUAUGCUGGAGAUCACGCUAUGGGACCAGGCGCGAGUCAGGGAAGAGGAGAGCGAGUUUUUGGGAGAGAUCCUCAUAGAGCUGGAGACGGCCCUGCUGGACGACGAGCCGCACUGGUACAAGCUGCAGACGCACGACGUGUCCUCCAUGCCCCUCCCCAACCCCUCACCCUACCUGCAGAGGAGACAGACGCACGGAGGGAGCCCCACGCGGAGGCUGCAGAGAUCCCAGAGAAUCAGUGACAGCGAAAUCUCAGAUUACGACUGCGAGGAUGGGGUUGGAGUUGUAUCAGACUACAGACACAACGGCAGGGAUCUCCAGAGCUCGACGCUCUCCGUUCCAGAGCAGGUGAUGUCGUCCAAUCACUGCUCCCGGUCCGUGGACGUGAACCGGACGCGGUCGCGGUCGCCGAGCGUCCCCCCUCUCCAGAGCCGGAGUCUGGACCACAGCAACCGCAUGUCACCGUCUCAGUACAACACCACGAGUAGGAUUGACCGGCAGCGCAUGUCAGAAGACCGCUACUCCCCCGACAGCCAUUACCUCACCCUACCUCCUCGAUCCAGACACAGCCAGCCUGUCAAUCAUCUUCACACGGAUCCCAGCGGUCUCGUGUACCCCAUCUAUCGAGAGGACGCGGUCAGGCUACUGCGCUCCACGCGGGUCGCCCGCGCGUAUUCCGAGGGCGCGUAUGACCUGGAGAGGGGCAUGAGGAGGGAGAGGAGAUUGCCUGGCGCCUACGAUGACUCGUACCGCUCCCCGGAAAGAUAUUACAACGGACCUAACCACAUGCCCAUCCAGCGGCCAGAUCACACAGUGAAUGGAGCUUGUGAGGGCUACAGGCACUACGGCGCCCUGGACAGGCGCGACUAUCACAGGUCCCGCUCGGCAGACCAGCGGCCGGCGGUGGAGCGGCCCGCCCCCCGCUCCCGGUCCACCGAGCGCCCGGAGUCCAGCAUCAUCAGGUCCAUGCCGUCUCUGCCGGCCGGAAGAUCCGCCCCUCCCUCACCUGCCUUAACGAGGGCGCACCCCCGCAGCGGAUCGGUCCAAACCAGCCCCGCCAGUUCCCCCCUGUCCAUUCGGAGAGGACGGCAGCUACCACAACUUCCUCCAAAGGGGACGCAGGAUAGAAAAGAUGGAGACGAAGGAGCAGAGCCUGACCAAGAAGUGACCUGGGAGGACCAGCAGAAAAAAGUCAAUGGUACGGUAACUGGCGGCAGGACGCGGCACAAUCCCUCGCCCCCCGAGCCAGGUGCCAUGGAUGUGGAGGAGCGCGCGAGGCAGAUGAAGCUGAAGAUGAACAAGAGCCGGCUGGAGCAGGACCCCGCCAAGCGGCCGGCCAGGGAAGCCCCGCGAGGCUCGGACAACCAGUCCGCCAAGUCGUCGGACAGCGACGUGAGCGACGUGUCCGCUGUGUCCAGGACCAGCAGUGCGUCCCGGCUCAGCAGCACGAGCUACGUGUCCGCCCAAUCAGAGCGACCGCGCGGGAACCGCAAGAUCAGUGCCUUUGCGUCCAAAAUGAAAAACAGGCAGAUGAGCGAGUCCGGGCAGAACAUGACCAAGAGCUCGAGCAUGGGCGGGGACAUGUGCAACCUGGAGAAGACGGACGGCAGCCAAUCGGACACGGGCGUGGGGACCACGGAGGACGCCGAGGAGAAGAAGAGGCGCUCAAGCAUUGGUGCCAAAAUGGUGGCGAUCGUCGGGCUCUCGAGGAAAAGCCGGAGCGCCUCUCAGCUCAGCCAAACAGAAGCGGGAGGAAAGAAGUUGCGGAGCACGGUCCAGAGGAGCGUGGAGACGGGGUUGGCGGUGGAGAUGAGGAGCCGGAUGACACGGCAGGCCAGCAGGGAAUCCACCGACGGCAGCAUGAACAGCUACAGCUCAGAGGGAAACCCAAUCUUCCCUGGGGUGCGCCUGUCUGCCGACAGCCAGUUCAGCGACUUCCUGGAUGGGCUAGGCCCCGCCCAGCUCGUUGGACGGCAGACGUUGGCCACGCCGCCUAUGGGUGACAUCCAGAUCGGGAUGAUGGAGAAGAAAGGAGCUCUGGAGGUAGAGGUGAUUCGGGCCCGAGGUCUCGUGGGGAAACACGGAAACAAGCAACUGCCAGCGCCCUACGUUAAAGUGUACCUGUUGGAGAACGGAGCCUGCAUAGCCAAAAAGAAAACUAAAGUAGCACGAAAAACACUGGACCCGCUCUACCAGCAGCAGCUCCAUUUUGUGGAGAGCCCAGGAGGAAAAGUUUUACAGGUCAUUGUGUGGGGAGACUAUGGGCGGAUGGACCAUAAAUCAUUUAUGGGUGCAGUUCAGAUACUUUUAGAUGACCUUGACCUGUCCAACAUGGUGAUUGGCUGGUAUAAGCUCUUCCCCCCGUCCUCUUUGGUGGACCCUACCUUGGCACCUUUGACUAGAAGAGCUUCCCAAUCCUCAUUGGACAGUUCCUCUGGACCUUGCCCUCGUUCGUAGCAGCAUGGGGGUAAUGAUAGCAUUGUCGUAGCAACCAGUGUUGGAGGUAACAAGUCUCGACAGGUCACAGGCCACGCCCCCGGCUACACUGCAUGCUUAAUGUUGUGUCUUCUGAGCCCGUACCUGGGGAUGCAAAACGUGGUCCUGUCUUUUCAGCAAAUGUCGCACACAUUGUGCGUGUAGAGCGCCCCCUACAGGGGAGAAACCAGUCAGCGGUAGCUGGACCGAACUUUGAAGCACGAGGAAUUCAGAAACGCUAGGUUUUCAUCCAAUUCGAAGCCAUGAGGGUGUGUGUGAAAGUGCGGGAGAGGGCUGGUGGGGGGCGGGGGGCGGGGGGGAGGUGAGAACCAGUUACUGAGUUCAAUAGAGGAGCUUUUUUAAGAAAAAAUAAUCACUAUUUACGUUGGUUCGUUAUUUUCUUUUCUUUUGUGGUCGAUGUACUCGUACUGAAAGGGGUAGUAGUGGGCAAUGUUCCUAGCCCGUUGCUCGGCUACGCCACGCCAACAAACCUAGCUGUGGAAACAGAGCUGCUGUGUGAGAACGAUUACAGUGGGCAAGGGGCGCCUGUGAAGACGUGACGGAAGAUCGAGGUCCAGAUGCCCCUCCCCUCCUGCCCGUCCCCAACUUCCUGGUUAUCCCUAGAUAUGCAUAUGUGCUCAGAGCUAAAGCAGGUCUUGAAAGACUUUUUUUUCCUUUUUUUAAAAGAGAGUUUUAAAAAAAAUGGCAAUACAGACGUGGCUCCAUCAAUGCUCCAGAAUACUAACACUUCAGAGCCCACAAUAAGAUGAACUUUUUGUGAUCAAAUAUAAUUAUUUCUCUGUUGAUAUAUUGUAUGAAAUUUAAAAGAAGAAUUUUUUUGCAUGGACACAAAUUUAGCUGAAUUUCAACAAAAAAAAAAUUAAAGAUUAUUUUCUUGAGGCUGCAACUUGCAAAAAAGAGAUGAAAAAACAGAUCAGCCAUUUUUGACAAUUUAUAUUAUUUUUAAAGAUAAAUUUCACUAGUGCAUGGUUUUUGAGGGGAGUGAAUGCAAAAGCGUGAUUAAAAACACCAUGUUUAUCGUCCUUUAGACCAUUCAUGAGUCUGUAUUUUUACAGACGUUCAGUUAAAGAAAGCUAAAAGAAACUUUCUAGCUUAUUAAAGAAAAAAAGACCUAUUUAUGUGACAAAGAAAGAUUAAAAUAAAUGUAAAGUAUUUAUGUCAUUGUAAAGGCCCAGGCCUUAUAAAGAUAAACAUUAUGUGCAAAUUGUACACUUCUCUCUUUCUCCCUUUUCCCAGGGUGAUUAUUGUACUAUCCAUUGCUACCAUUGUCAGAUUCCCUGAGUAUGUCCCGAUUUUCCAGGACUGUAGAUUAUCUUACGGUUCUGUACUGUUUAAGUCUCUAUUUAUUUUGGAUUUGAUUUGUUUAACAAGCAUGUUGAAAAGGGGUAUUUGCAACAUGGCUUGGGCACACCUUACAGAAACUCAGCAUGUUUUGAUAAAGAAGAUAUUUGGAAUUUUUGCAGUUUCUUGUACAGUGCAUGUAAACUAAGUUACUUUUCUCCCUCACCUUGAACUUAAUCCCACAGCAAAAUGGCUACCAGUCUUUCGUGGCCAACCGUUAAAAGGUUUAACGAAACAUUCCACCUCCUGGUAACAUAUUUUCUUUCGGAUUUUUAAAAGAGAAUGAAAGGCAAAAACAUUUUAUAUAUAAUGGAAUAAUUAAAAAUUAAAAAUAAUUAUGGUUGCAAGUAUAUUUUAUUUUAAUAUUGUCACUUAAAAAAAAGUUACACAAGCAAAAAGAUCCCAUGAAUUGGUUCUACUAGAGGAAUUUCACCAGAGCAAGUGAUAGUAAAGGGUACUGCAGUAGGCACUAUUUGUCAAGUUUGACUGAGUAACAAGGUAUGUGAUGAUGGGAAAUUGCCACACAAUAUGAAUUUUUAGUUGUUUCUUGUUUUGGAAAAAAAAAAUGAAAUUAAUUAAAUAUAUUUUUGUUAGUUUACUUACAAGCCAAGACCAAUUUAUUUUAUUUUAAUUUUUAUUUUUUUAGUAAUUAUGAGUGCUUUUCACACAGAUGGAGAAGCAUAUGAAUCAAAGGUUAUUAAAAAACACUUGAAUGAUAAUACACCGAGACAUUAUUCUUCUUCCUGGAAAAACAUCAUUCUUGUAGGACUUAUCAUUCGUUUCUGUAACAAGCUAUGUAUUUUGUUUCGCAUUGUAUAUAGCAGCUGUUCCAGUUCUUUGAUCUAGCAUAUAAAUAAGCAGUCUUGAAAAUGAGGAUAUUUAGGAAGUGGAAUAAUGCCUCUAAUGAUUACUGACAGGUGUUAUUUACCCUUUUGAAUGCCUUUUUUUCUGUUGCAAUGUGUUCAUGCCGAGGCUAUGUCUUGGCAAAGUAUGGUUGAGUACAGAGAUUUAUGUAAGUUAUUUUUCAAAUUAAAAAUAAAAAAACUGGAUAUAACACAGACAUGGAGUACCAGCAACCAAUGCAAAUGAA